AUGACACCUUUUGGUUUUGUUGGCUAUUUGGAUAGCACAAAAUAUGGAGGAUUCAGGAAUUCCAAGCUGGUGUUCAGCCGAAGGUAUUAUUCCAAUGAUAUAUGGUAUGGUUUUUCAUCAAUUGGUGAUUGCAAUAGCACUGUUGUUGCUGGAAUUUUGUCAUCACCCACACCCACACAUAGUGAGUCAAUUGGUGAGGCAGAAACGAGCGAAGGUGUGGCCGUCAACAGUAUGGAUGAUGUGGCACAAACCCAGUGGGAUUGUUUGAACGAGAUUGAGUUUAAGAAGCAUCAUUUUUUGACUCGGCAAGUAGCUUUUGAAUUCUACAACUUUUUUGCCAGAGUUAAAGGGUUCUCUAUUCGGAAAAGCAAGGUUUUGAGAAACAAAAAAGGGGAGAUAGUGCGGCAAGAUCUAGUGUGUCAUAAGGAAGGCUUUCGUGAAGAAAAAAACAGAAUGAGGGAAAAUCGCAAGCGGGAGACAAAAGUAGAGACAAGAUGUGGAUGCUCAGCUAAAAUGAGGAUUCGAUUGGUUGCUGAAAGUAGUAGGUGGCAUGUUGUGUUUUUUGGAGAUGCUCACAAUCAUGCUAUGUUAGAGGGAAAGCAAUCAUCCAUGUUGCCAGCACACCGGCACUUAAAAGAUGGUGAUAUAGCUGGUCUGAACAGUAUGAGACAAGCCGGAAUUAGCACCCAUGACAUAUACAAUCUAAUGGCUGACCAAUCUGGAGGAUUUGAAAAAAUCAAUGCACUGAAAGUUGACAUGUUUAAUCAAAUGACGAAGCAGAAACAAAAGGAGCAGUGUGAUGCGAAAGCUGUUUUAGUAUACCUUAAGGGACUUGCUUCGGGUGAUGCUGAAUGUUUUGGUCACACCAUGCGGAUGAAGAUGGUAAUUUAA